AUGUUUCCUUCGUUAUCUACAUUCUUCACUAUCACCGCCGCCUUGACGGUACCGGUUUAUUCCCUGCCGCAGGAUGGCAAUUAUGAUGGUGGAUAUGGGGGUUCUGUCUAUUCUUCGACCUCUUCCUUUGCUUCGGCAACCCCUAGUUCGACAGCGUCCGCGUCUGCUGCCUCCUCGACGACCGCUUGCAACAACUCGCCCGACCUAUGCAGCCGUUCGUAUAGUGAUAUCACUCAUAUGGGAGCCCACGACUCUUCUUUUCUCCGAGACGCAAGCACGAGUAAUUCGAUAGCUGGUAACCAGUACUUCAAUGCUACUGUUGCUCUAGAUGCAGGGAUCCGAUUAUUACAGGCCCAAGUUCACGAUCUGAAUGGCGCUAUCGAACUAUGCCAUACUUCUUGCAGUUUACUCGAUGCUGGGACUCUUCAGACUUGGCUAGCCUCCAUUAAGUCGUGGAUGGAUUCUCACCCGAACGAAGUAGUGACUCUUCUGAUUGUUAACUCUGAUGGCAAGAGCGCAGCCGAUUUUGGGACCGUCUUCAGUGGCUCGGGUAUCGAUACAUACGGGUACACGCAUUCAGGGACUACAUGGCCGACGCUGCAGGAAAUGAUUACUGCGAAUACGCGACUGGUGACUUUCAUCGCAUCUAUUACGGCGGAUAGCCAAUAUCCGUAUCUGUUAUCCGAGUUUGACCACGUCUUUGAGACGCCGUUCGAGGUAACAUCACUCUCCGGCUUCAACUGUACCCUCGAUCGCCCAUCCUCCCAGAGCUCGGCCGGCGCUGCCAUCCAAGCUGGGAUGCUGCCUCUGAUGAAUCACUUUGCAUACAACUUACUCGGCGCUUCGAUCAUGGUCCCUAAUUCGGAUAAUAUCACGAUCACAAACAGCCCAUCAACCUCCACCACAGGCAACUUGGGUCUACAUGCUCAAACAUGUAACGAGCAGUGGGGUACCAAGCCCGUCUUCGUACUGGUUGAUUUCUUCAACGAGGGACCAGCAAUCGAGACAGCAGACAACCUGAACAGCAUCACCGCUGUUGGUCGAUCUAAUGCCGGCAUAACUGCAACAGUCGCGACAGCUACUGCUGGUCCGAAACAUCAGGGUCUCGGACUUGGCACCGAGGCCCUAGUUGCUUUCCUAGUAGCCUCCUUGUUACUUGUUUGA